ACGACUUGAGCGCGCGCCAGCAGCAGUUUCCAGCUGUGCUCGUGAACCCGCCCGUCAGUUGCUCGGUUUGUCCUGCGGUGCUUCGGCUCUUCUCUCUGCUCCUCUCGUCCCCGCUCACCGCUGCUGUUCGUCGGUGUAGAAUACAGCCUGCUCUCCCGGUCCUCUUGCUCCUUCCUCCGGGCUGAAACUGCCCCUGUUCCCCUCUCGGUCCUCCAGCUUCUCCGACCUUCCCUGGGGGAGCUCCACGGGUUCUCCUUCGGUUCCCCGCUGACAGCUCCCCAGGUCCAGCAUCGCUUUGGAGCUGCACGGGUUUCUUUACCUCCCGGAUCAUCGGUUUAAAGUUUCCAGAGCCGGUUCUUUGAGGUCCAGCAUGGGUUGGUGUGUCCCGGUUCUGCUGUCACUCAUCGGCGCUCAGCUCGCUGCGGGAGUCCCGGACGGACCGGACGUCCAAGUGAUCGACGUGUUGGGUCUGCAGGACUCGAAGCAGAGCGUUGCAGCAGUGGAGAAGCUGUCUGGUGGUCUGAGCGCGCUCAGUGACAUCUAUGUGGUGUCCACGUUUAGGCUGCCAGCAAAGCUCGGAGGAGUCCUGCUGGGCAUCUACAGCAAGCAGGACAACAGGAAGUACCUGGAGGUCGCCAUCAUGGGGAAGAUCAACAAAGUCCUGGUUCGUUACGUCAAAGCUGACGGGAAGGUCCACACCGUGAACAUGCAGAACGCUAACCUGGCUGAUGGACGGACUCACUCCAUCAUCCUGAGAGUUGGUGGCCUUCAGCGUAACAACAUCAACAUGGAGCUGUAUGUUGACUGCCGACUGGCUGACUCCAGCCAGGGCCUGCCGCUGCUGGUUCCCCUGCCCAGAGAGGUGGAGAUGGUGGAGAUUAGACACGGGCAGAAGGCUUAUGCCCGACUCCAGGGGGCUUUGGUGUCCCUCAUGAUGGCUUUAGGGGGCAGCGUUGCUAAAGCUGGAUCUCUGACUGACUGCCCGUUCCAAGGAGACUCGUCAUCCCAUAACUCAGUGAGCGGCGAGGUGAACUCCAUCCUGGGUGACCACACCAAGGCUCUGAUUGGCCAGCUCAUUAUCUUUAAUCAGAUCCUGGGAGAGCUGCGACAGGACAUCAGAGAACAGGUGAAGGAGAUGUCUCUGAUCAGGAACACCAUCCUGGAGUGUCAGGUUUGCGGUUUCCACGAGCCUCGUUCCCGCUGCUUUCCUAACCCCUGUUACAAAGGUGUGUCCUGCAUGGAGAGUCUGCACUACCCAGGAUAUACCUGUGGUCCCUGUCCACCUGGAACCACUGGCAAUGGGACACACUGCAGGGACAUUGAUGAGUGCGAGGUGCAGCCAUGUUUCUCUCCCCAAGCCUGUGUGAACACAGCUGGGGGGUUCAGCUGUCAGCCAUGUCCUCCAGGCCUGUGGGGGGCGCCACUGUCUGGAACUGGACUGGACUACGCUAAGACGCACAAACAGGACUGUGUGGACAUUGAUGAAUGUGUUGAUCUACCUGACGCCUGCGUGCCAAACUCUGUGUGCGUCAACACUGUGGGCUCGUACAAAUGUGGAGGCUGCAAACCUGGUUUUCUUGGUAACCAAACAUCAGGAUGCUUCCCUAGGAAGUCCUGUGCUGCACUGACCUUUAACCCCUGUGACGUCAAUGCCCACUGUGCCAUGGAGAGGAACGGAGAGGUUGCCUGCAGGUGUAAUGUGGGCUGGGCCGGUAACGGGAACACGUGCGGUAUGGACACGGACAUUGACGGGUAUCCCGACCGCUCUCUGCCCUGCAUGGACAACGACAAACACUGCAAACAGGACAACUGUGUGUUCACACCAAACUCUGGCCAAGAGGAUGCCGAUAACGAUGGGAUUGGAGAUCAGUGUGAUGAGGAUGCUGACGGGGACGGCAUCAAAAACGUGGAGGAUAACUGUCGUUUGGUUCCUAACAAAGACCAGCAGAACUCGGACAGCGACUCAUUCGGAGACGCCUGUGACAACUGUCCCAACGUCCCCAACAGCGACCAGAAAGACACAGACAACAACGGACAGGGAGACGCCUGCGACCAGGAUAUCGACGGAGACGGUAUUCCCAACGUUCUGGAUAACUGUCCAAAGGUACCGAACCCGAUGCAGACAGACAGAGACAGAGAUGGAGUCGGAGACGCCUGCGACAGCUGUCCUGAGCUCAGCAACCCAAUGCAGACUGAUGUAGACAACGACCUGGUCGGAGACGUUUGCGACACCAACCAGGACACGGACGGUGACGGUCACCAGGACAGCAGAGACAACUGUCCAGACAUCCCCAACAGCUCCCAGCUGGACUCCGAUAACGACGGCCUGGGAGAUGACUGCGACCACGACGAUGACAACGACGGCAUCCUCGAUGACUACGACAACUGCAGACUCAUCGUUAACCCCAAUCAGAAAGACUCAGAUGUGAACGGUAUCGGAGAUGUCUGUGAAAACGACUUUGAUAACGACGCUGUGAUGGAUUUGAUCGAUGUGUGCCCGGAGAGUGCCGAGGUCACUCUGACAGACUUCAGAGCCUAUCAGACUGUCAUCCUGGACCCGGAGGGUGACGCACAGAUUGACCCCAACUGGGUGGUGCUGAAUCAGGGUAUGGAGAUUGUCCAGACGAUGAACAGCGAUCCUGGUUUAGCCGUAGGCUACACGGCAUUUAAUGGCGUUGACUUCGAGGGAACGUUCCACGUCAACACGGUUACGGACGACGACUACGCUGGCUUCAUCUUUGGCUACCAGGAUUCAUCCAGCUUCUAUGUGGUGAUGUGGAAACAGACAGAGCAGGCUUACUGGCAAUCCAUACCUUUCAGAGCCAUGGCCCAGCCCGCCCUGCAGCUCAAGGCGGUAAAGUCUCGGACGGGACCAGGUGAGUUCCUGAGGAAUGCCUUGUGGCACACGGGAGACACACCUGGAGAGGUGAAGCUGCUCUGGAAGGACCCGCGAAACACCGGCUGGAUGGACAAAACGUCCUAUCGCUGGCAGCUCAGCCACCGACCGCAGGUGGGAUACAUCAGGGUAAAGCUGUUUGAGGGGACACGCGUGGUGGCAGACUCUGACGUUGUGGUCGACACCACCAUGAGAGGAGGACGACUUGGUGUCUUCUGCUUCUCCCAGGAAAACAUCAUCUGGUCCAACCUGCGCUACAGAUGCAAUGACACGGUGCCUGAAGACUUCCAGACUCAUCGUAAACAAGUUCUGAUGCACAUUCAGGUCUGAGAGCUGCAGACGGACUGUUAACACAACCCCACACACACCGUUAAAACAUGAGUACACACAGAGCCUGAGCUUCUCUCAACCCACCUUAACUGUAGUCUGAAUGCCAGCUGAGAAUGUCCAGUCUGAAUGAGCGAGUGUGUUUAUGUGAGAGAAAGCAGCCAAAGAGCAAACAGUCUGGGGAAAGCACCUGAACGCAUCAUCAGGGUCCUUCUGCGUGAUGUUUGAGUGUCUCAGUUUGUUUUUUCAAUAUAAACAUGGAAACGUAACGACAGAAACUAAGGAGAAGAAGAAUAGGUCCACGUUAACAUUUAGUGUAUGAUAGUAAUGAUAUGUACCUCUUUUUUUUUAUUGUCAGUGAAUUUAUGUGACUGUAGGAGAAGCUGUGUAUCUCAGUCUGCAUCAUUAAUAACUGGAGCGAAAUGGCGAAUGAGUUCGAACCAAAACGUGUCAGGGUGCACUUUACGUACACGUGACAUCACUAAACCUUUGGAGGGUUUAUCUUGUAAUCUUUGGAAGCCAAAAUCAUAACUGACCUUAAAAUCAGAUUAACGCCCUCACAGUGGUUCUAAUAGUUUAGGACUUUUCCAUCUUCAGGUGAAGAACAGCAGCUUCACUCUGUGAAUUUUCCCAUUUUCGUGGUAAUUGUUCCCAAUUGACCCCAAAUACAAUAUUGCAUUUUUCUCGGCACUCCUCGAUCAUCUCCUGUCCAGUUUGCUGUGGAGCUCCAGCAAACGUGGCGUGAAAGCUGUCGCUUGUUGCUUCAUCUCAACAACGCGUCGGCGCGCUCGUCUUUCAUUCGUGUUCCCCAGACUCUCCUCUCUCUGCUUGUUACUGAUCUGGGUUUAUUUCAAGUUCACGUUCAUCACCGAUGUUUAAAACAGACAAAGACGUGUAAAUCAGCAUCCUGACAGCCGGAAACACACAGACUUCAUUUCCAAAACAAUGUGCGUCCUUUAACAACAAACAGCAAACACAAACCUCUCAUGCUGAGACCUGAUAAGCUAACGUUACAGAGAAGAGUCUUUGAUUCAAACAAAAAGUGAAAUGCAUGUUUUGUGUGUCUUCAAAUGUACAUAUGUUUGUUGAAAUAAACCCAACCAUGACUUUUCCUACAA